GAGCAAGCGAGGUCCGCCACGUCUAGGCAGCUCGAGAGACUCUACUCCCACCCAGCUCUCCUCUUCCUUGCUCGCUUUCUCUCUCUCCUCUUUCAGUGUUCGUUCGAACACGGCCCGGUACGGUUCUGUCGCCCCGUGCUCGAAGGAUCCUCUUCGUGAUGGGAGCUCGCUGCCGCGGUGGUAUCGGCAGGUUCCCUCGGUAGCCGAUUCUCCGACCCACCGAUGUCGCACGGCUUGUCAGGGUGAUACGCGCGGUUCCUAGACAGGUAGUUCUCGUUUGCGGUCGGAUAAUCGGCACGUAUACGCGCGUACACUCACACACGCUGUAUACACACACACACACAUACACAACACAUACACACAUGUACAUGUACAUAUAUACGCGGAAAAUCGGAAGAUAAAGGUCCGUGGUUUCUGUCACGGGGAACGUGGUUCGAGAGGAGUAAGAAACACGAAAACGGAGAAAGAGGGUGAAGUGCGUGUGGAGGAGAGUGCGAGAUCCAAAGAGGGAGGUACCUAAGUGCACGCAAAGGCGGAAAGAGAGCCGCGAACAAGAGAACCUCCGAAAAUAUCGUUUCGAUGAGGAAACGGUGGUGAGAACUCCGCUAGCGAGAAGACGCGGGUUUGCACGAGUAUCGACAGUUGGCUUCCACUCGAAAUCGCAAGAAUAGGCAGAGGGGCUAUUCACCCUUACCAUACGCCACGAGGGCGAUCGGUUCGCUCUACGAUCGGAAUCAAAGUCGUUUGUCAUUGUCGAAAGCUGUUCACCCUCUGGGAGCGAAGCUCGAGGCAACUCUAGUCGUUUGUGUCACGGCGGUCAGAGGUCGGCGAUUCGAUCUUGAAUCAAAUCGGGGUUGGUCGAGGCGUUUCCGUCGUACGGGGGAGAAGGAAAAUCAUAAGAGAAAGUCGGAAGAAAGAUGUCGGGAAAUUAUUCGGUCCGGUGCGAGCCCGGUCUAGUGGUGCCGUUAUGGGGACCGCUGGAGAACCUCUACCUCUCCGACGUGAUCUUCCGCGGAUUUGUCUACUUUCUUCUGCUGUUGUACCUGUUCAUCGGCGUGUCGAUAAUCAGCGAUCGUUUCAUGGCGGCGAUCGAGGUGAUCACAUCGAAGGAGAAGGAACUGGUGGUUCGCCGCCAGGGUAAGGAGCCGCAGAUCGUGGUGGUGCGGGUAUGGAACGAGACCGUGGCGAAUUUGACGUUGAUGGCGCUGGGUAGCAGCGCGCCGGAGAUCCUCUUGUCGAUCAUCGAGAUUUGGGCGAAGAACUUCCAGGCUGGAGAAUUAGGGCCGGGCACGAUCGUCGGCUCGGCUGCCUACAACCUCUUCGUCAUUAUCUCGCUGUGCGUGUUCGUGAUACCAAACGGCGAGACCAGGAAGAUCAAACACCUGAGAGUGUUCUUCGUGACCGCCACGUGGAGCAUCUUCGCUUACGUUUGGCUGUACGUGAUCCUGGCGGUUUCCAGUCCUGGCGUGCUCGAGGUUUGGGAAGGUAUCCUCACCUUUUCAUUCUUCCCAGCCACGGUUCUCACGGCCUACGUGGCCGAUCGACGUCUGCUCAUCUACAAGUAUCUACACAAAGGCUACCGGAUGAACAAGAGAGGGGUGAUCGUGCAGGCCGAGGCCGGUGAUUCGGACGGUGGGGUGGAGCUCGAGAUUAAACCUCAGCAGGACAACUUUCACAACAUGACGGACGCCGACACGCCCGAAGCAAAGGAGUUCGAGCAGACCAGAAGGGAUUACAUUAAUACUCUGAGAGAACUAAGAAGGAAACAUCCCACUUUGCCGCUGGAACAACUGGAGGUGAUGGCUCACGAAGAGGUGCUCGGAAAGGGACCGAAGAGCAGAGCGUUCUACAGGGUACAGGCAACCAGGAAGAUGGUCGGUGCAGGAAAUCUCAGCAAGAAGAUCAGCGAAAGGGCGCAGAGUGACCUGAGCGAGGUCAAGGCCGAGCUGCAAAGGCAAGAGGCGGAGAGCAUCGACAUCGAGAACGUGAACGCCAUGAGAAUCUUCUUCGAACCUGGCCACUACACCGUGAUGGAAAACGUCGGUACCUUCGAGGUGGGAGUGACCAGAGUUGGCGGUGACCUAACCAAACCGUGCACCGUCGAUUACUGCACCGAAGAUGGCUCGGCCGAGGCUGGUUCCGAUUACAUCAGCGCCAAGGGCACUCUGACCUUCGACCCGGGCGAGACCAGGAAAACCAUCAAGCUCUCCGUCAUCGACGACGAGCUGUUCGAAGAGGACGAGCAUUUCUACAUCAGAUUGAGCAACGCGUCGCAGCCUGCCAUGCUGGUGUCACCUAGCUUGGCGACCGUGAUGAUCCUCGACGACGAUCACAGCGGCGUGUUCGGCUUCCCCGAAAGAGACGUCGAGCUGGUGGAAAGCGUUGGUCAGUUUCCUUUGCGAGUGGUGAGAUACAGCGGUGCCAGGGGACGUGUGACCAUCCCCUAUCGCACCAUCGAAGGAACGGCCAAGCCUACCAAGCAAUACAUGCACACGGAGGGCUCGCUCACCUUCGAGGACAAUCAGACCGAAAAGCUGAUCCAGCUGUCGAUCAUCGAGGAGGAUUCGUACGAGAAGGACGCGCUGUUCUAUGUCGAGUUAGGCGAACCACAGUUACAAGGAGGAUCCAACGUGAAUGGACCCGAGGCAGGGAUUGCAGUGGCGGCGGAAAUGAAGCAGCCGGAGGAGCGUACUGCCGAAGAAAAAAUGGCGUUGCUUGGGAAACCGAAACUGGGCGAGGUGUCCAGGGCGCAGAUACGAAUCAAAGAAUCGAAGGAGUUCAAGAACACGGUGGAUAAACUGGUGCAGAGAGCCAACGCUUCCAUCCUGCUCGGAACGAGCUCGUGGAAGGAACAGUUCACGGAGGCGUUGACGGUGAGCGGCGGCGACGAGGACGAGGGCGAAGGUGCUGGUGAACCAAUCUCACCGUCCUCCUUGGAUUAUCUGAUGCACGGCUUGACCUUAUUGUGGAAGGUGUUGUUCGCGUUCGUCCCACCAACUGAUAUCGCCGGUGGUUACCUGUGCUUUGUCAUCAGCAUAUUCGGAAUCGGUGUGGUGACGGCGGUAAUCGGAGACGUCGCAUCCUACUUCGGCUGCACCCUGGGAAUCAAGGACUCGGUUACCGCGGUGGUUUUCGUCGCUCUUGGUACCAGCAUUCCCGACACGUUCGCGAGCAAGGUGGCCGCCUGCCAGGACAAGUACGCCGAUGCGAGCGUGGGCAACGUGACCGGAAGUAACGCGGUGAACGUCUUCCUGGGGAUCGGCAUUGCAUGGAGCAUCGCAGCCAUUUACCAUGCCUUGCACGGUGAAAAGUUUUUGGUAGAACCGGGCAAUUUAGCCUUCUGCGUGACGUUGUUCUGCACGGAAGCUUGCCUGGUAAUCCUGAUUCUGCUACUGAGGCGGACGAAGAACAUUGGCGGCGAACUCGGCGGACCUUUCGUACCGAAGCUCGUUACGUCGCUGGUCCUUUUUUUCCUCUGGGUGUUCUACCUCAUUAUGUCGAUCCUCGAGGCCUACGGCUACAUCGAGGGCUUCUAAAAGGAGCCCGUUCAACGCUCGCAAACAUCGGCCUACAACCGCUCCGCGUGUAUCUUAAACUCGUCGCGUCCGCCAAGACGUGUGCUCAACGAAACGUUCUCUCGGACAAAAGGGAAGUGGAAUCGAAAGGGUGCGAUUUCGCUGGCGAACGAACUGUCUGAACUGUGCGCCGGAAAAUCACUGGUAGCUUUCACCCUCCCACACACGGGAUGAACAACAACGAACGUGAUCGCGUGGCGUUAUCGAAUGCGUGCAUGUGCGUAGGUACCUGAGAGAAUGAGCGUGAGAAAGGGAGAGCGCGAGUAUGUGUGAGAAGGAGCGAAUAAUUGGGAAAGAAACGAAAGCAGUUAAUCACAGGAAAGGGAAGAAGUAGAAGAGAAAAGUGAGUAGAAGAGGAGAAGGGAGGAUAUACGAGAUGGACAAAGGAGAAGCUUACGUGUGCGAGGAAGUAAAGUGAGUUUGCCUUAAACGUAAUUUAACGUAAUAAAACGUACGAAAGGAACGCGUUCUAGUCUCCGGCCGUGGCUCGUACGUUCACGGCUCUUAUCAAAUAGAAUGCAAGAUAACAAAAAUCAGAGAAGGAUAUAUUAUAUACAUAUAUUAUAUACACAGACACACGUACGUAUAAAUAGCGUAUUUAUUUAGUCCUUGAUGGAACACAGGUUUCUAUGGUAUUUUAGUAGCGGAUUGUAUUGCCAUUCCUCUUUCGCCAGAGAACGAUGUCGCUAAUUUUAUAUAAACGUAUAUUAUCAUACGAUGCUCCUUUCCGAACGCUCAUCGAUUCUGUCGCGAUCCCGCGGUCGCGAUAAGUUUUCCGGGCGGCCGUAGAGUUCCGUUAUAUCGAAGGAAGUCGUAGAUCGGAAUCGAUUUGCAUGAGAAAAGUCCGAAUCGCGACCUCACGCAGGAAUACUACACGUAGAUAAAUAAGUUGAAGAUAUAUAGCCGCGGCGAGAGCAAGGCAAUGUACAGUGGAAGCGCAAAUUAUUCACCGACUCCCUCGCGAAGGGGAAAGAUUCUUCGAAUAGGAAGACAAACGUUCGAGAUUAGAAUCCCUCGGACGCUGGCAAGAUCCCUUUUAAACGAACAUCCUGUUUAAUCGCGUUACAUCGAACGUAUUUGUCGAUUUAGCCAAUACGCCGAUGGAGUAUUUCGUUUCGACCGUGGUUUUGCCUAUUCGCAACAAAUCGAGCCGUGACUCUCGAACGGAAAAUAAAAGGAGAGAUAGAAAGUAAUAGAUGCGCGAUCUCGAUAAUAAGCCAGCUCGCCGCAACGAUUGCUUAGAUCGUUACCACGAUGAAACAUGUUUGCUAUUUAUUAAGAAUUAAAUUAGGUAGUGCGACAAACAUAAUGAAAGACGCGUGCACGGUGUACGGCGGCCUUCGUUCGAAUGUCGAAAUUUUCAUUGGUGUUCACUGCCUUUGAUCGAGGGUCGCUUCAACACCUGACGCGUCGAGUAACGUUAAAACAAUUGAACGGACAUUAGUAGAACGACGUAGAGCACGUACGAUGUAAAAGGAAAAGAAAAAAGAAAAAAAAAAUAGAAGCAUACGAAGAAGAAAAGCGAGCACGCGUUAAAAACAGCCGCAUCGAUACGAGCAAUUGUGAGUUUCUGAGACCGUGUGCUCGAGGUUCGACAUUGAUAUCGGAUAUCCGUCGGAUACUCGAAAAAUCACAGUGACUUAUUAAACGUUCUCAGUGAGAACAACUGUUCGAUUAAUUUUAGCGAAACAUUGACCGGCCGACACGUGGCUGAAUCUAUUGUAGUUGAACGUGUCCUUAACGGCCACUCGUCUAAAAACCUAUAGUUACGUAGAGAUUUAACUAACACUGCAAAGGUUGUAACUGACUAAAGUAUUACUGUAUUAUUUUCACCGAGCACCGAGGUAAUCGAGGAGAACACGUCCGCGAUACGAAUCAGUCUCGCGAUACGGAUUCUCAUCGACGUGUCCUUGACUCUCGCCUUUCCGUCGUGGAUUAAAUAUAGCAGAGAAUUCUGCCGUCUAUUAAUCUCCGAGGAACGACAAAAAUUAUCAAGGUCGUUAAAACUUGCAGACAUAGCUGAUGAAUGAUUCACGCUCAGAUCGUCGAACGAGCCUUAUCUCCCUAGAAUCGCGCGUAAUUAACAGAAAAAUGAUAAAAGAGGCCAGUCGUAAAGGAAUUGUGAUCGUGUUCGUUAUUUACGAGCGGAUUGCGAAAGAGCCUUUAAACGAUUUCCAAAACGAUGUACGAGGGAUAGGCGUGCUUCCCUUUUCGUCCGAGGACAUGAUGAAACAAGGGCAGUGUACCUGGGAAGAAUCUCUCGAUAGACGCAGAACGUAGGAGAACCGAAUUUUCACGGGGAGCGAAUCAAUUCGUGCGAAUACCAAGUCGUUUGCAGGCAGAAAAACGCAAGAGAAAACGCGGCUACGGCUUGAACGCGCGCGCGCCAGAGUAAAAAGACGCGGAAGAGUCGUGGAAAGAUUCACCGGAUGGUCAAGCGGAACUCCGACGACCCGGAAUUCCGGCCAGAACACUCCGUCAAUCCGCACCGUGCUACCGCGUUUCCUUUUGCGUCGAGUCGCAGAUGGAAGCAAACCGAAUCUACCGCAGAAACAGAGUCUGGGACUUGGAGGUCGUUAAUUCUAAAAAUCGUGUUAUAUAAUCUUGUACGGUACGCUUGAUAGAAUGUUCGAUUUUGAAAUCUUCAUCGCGUUUCUUCGAUGCUUCUCCUGCGAAGAAAGAAUUUCACCGUGAGAUCAAUCGAAGGUCGUUUGAAGAUAGCUUCUGAGUCACUCGAUGGUCGUAGGAAGGCUGCUUCAAAUAACUCGACGUCGAAAGGAAAUUCAAAGGAAAAUACACGCACACUGUUACCGCUGGAACAGCAUUUACUCUAGCAGUACAGUUUAUACGAAGUGUCGCAGACACAUGGUUGGUGCUCGACGAACGAAUACCAAACGCACAUAAGAAAAUCGAAGCUAUCAUUCUUCUUCGAUGUUUCCAUUAUCCUGGUAGCGAAGGCUACGAUGAAUUAGUUUCUUUGACGAGGCUCGAGAUGUUAUCCGAGCCAAUUACACUUGCCAACUUAUCGCGUGAAGGAGCAAGAAGUAGCUCUUGCGAAGAAAUAGCCUUCUCUCGCAAGAAUAACCGUUUUCGUUGUGAAACGAGUCUACCAACGUGUAUUUGAUCUUUAAUCGGGAUAUUUGUUUUCAAAUUAAGAGGAUCUUUUGUACGCUUCGGCUCUAGGUCUAGGAAAUCUUUCACGGUUCGUUUCUUAAAAAAUUCUUCGUAGAAACUUACCCGGAAAUCUGAACUUCGUACGUAGCUACUCGGUCGCAGUUGGGAAACGAUGGAGGAACGAUCUCGACGAAGCAUAGUACGACAUUCCGUGUACAGUUGUCGAUUGAUCGAAUGCCACGCGCGUAGAUUUGCUCUAAAUCGAUUUCGGUGAUUCCUGAUGGUCCGCGAGAGGGAGAACAAAAAAAUGAAUCAAUCAAAGGAACACGAUGUGAAAGUUGGAGUCUCCGUCGAGUUUCUUCCCUUCGAUCUGCCUGCAAACGACGCUAGCGGAGUUAAAAAACACGCGAUCCCUCGUGAACCUUAGCCAAUUACGCGGAGUACUACCUUCCAGUGUACGCCGUAUAACCGUUUACACAACCCAGCCGAGGGCCUCGCGUUUUAUUUCACUCCAUUUCGCUCCGGAGGUGGGUUCGGGUGGAAGGGAAAUUGAUGUUAGUAGGGUGAAGCAAAUUUUUAAACCAGAAGAAGCAAAAUCUGCGAAAGCAUCGUAUAAGCGACCACACACGGCCGUGAUGUCAGCCAAAAAGAUCACAGAUAUACAUAUGUGUGUAUAAAGGAGAAAAGAAGUAUAUAGUGUAUGUAUACAUACGAUAUAGAUAUUUUAAUAAGAGAACCGUUCAAAGAGAUUUAAUAUAUAUACAUACAUAUACAGAUAUACAUAUAUAUAUAUAUAUAUAUACACAUAUACAUGUAUAAGUAUACACAUACAGUAGGACGUAUGUAGACGACACUCAAUAGCAAAGCGUUGAAGUGAUAAACCGUAAAUGGGAUCCGAAGAGUUGCCAGGUUCUCGAGGCUCGACUGCUGGACGAACGAUCGUCACCGAUACAAGAGAAAAUUAUCGAAGCCUUUCGAUCGCAAGGGAAACGUCGUCGUCAACCAACAAGAAAGAAAGAGAGAGAGAGAGAGAGAGAGAGAGAGAAAGAGAGAGAAAAGAAGAAGAAAACUCGUCGAUUUCUGUUCUGAACGAGGUGCUUCGUCGCGACCGUGCGUUUCAUCGUCUGGAAACGGUAUGCGCGUGAAAAUACGUUCUGCUACUAAGUACCUGAUUCACCUUUCAAUUUGCUUUCGGAGAGCAACUUGGCCGUCUAAACGGCUGUCCGUUGCUCGCUAACAUAGCCAUUUUACUAACGUGUAACGUUCGAUGCUUAACUUUUCGCUCGUAUGUACCAUUACAAACGGAAUCGUUCUAUCGUAACUCUAAACCUCCUUCGCUCCCUUCGAGGAACGACGUCUCCUGCAGGUCGCGUCGCGCCGUUUUUCUCGCGAUCGGAUGCGAUUCAUCACUGGCGAUUGAAAUUCACACGAGCCGGAAGCUCGCUUGAAAUUCACAGGAUACAGAAUUUCGUGGCGCAAGUACAUGGGAAGAUCGAUAGGGUGUUUUAUAGACGUUGCAGCCAGUUGCACCGAGUCGCACACGGAGAAAAUGGAAGCGAUUGAUCAGACGCAAUCAAAAGUGCUACGCGUACCUCGACGAUCGACACGUCCAGCAGCGUUAUCGGCGAGAAUUUAUGGAAACGGACGAUCUCUCUUCUUCGUGCAUUUAUUCCAAUUACUCCAAUCAUCCAGUCUCUCGUGCAAGAUCCUUUCAAUCCUGUUAAGCGGACUUGCAACAAAACGAAUUCAAUGGCCGCGUGUUUAUGCCACGGACGGUCGUUCGAAUUCGCUCGUUUUAUUCGCCGAGCGUCGUUUUUGAAGCGGCACUAUCUUCAUCCUCGUUUUACAUUUCUUCCCUUGUUUUUCCCCCUCUUUCUCUUCUAUUAGGAGCAUCGUCGCGAAGCGUCCCCAACCUUGCGAACGAACAAGUUUGAUUCUCAUCGACAAAUUUCGUUGCAUCACGCGGCUGACGCGUGAUCACUGGACCGAACGAUUAGUUUCUACCUUUUUUCACCCGAUGGAAUAUUUUGAAAUUCGUGUCGUUGUCGAACGACAGCUCGCGGAUAAGUAUUUUUCACUCGUUAGAAUUAGGUCGAACGCUGAUUAAAGGGAACGUUGCCGAGUGCCGUGCUCCUAUCGUCUGGCCAAAAUUCCAGCGUUUCUUUCACCGAAUUGUAUCGCACUGAAACAAAUUGGAAACUCGGACAACUAAUUUCUUAAUUGAACUCGCGAUAAAAUAAACGAUCCAGGCCAUUCCGCUCGAACGGAAACGAACAGCCCGGCAAACAAAAUGCAAACAGACCACCGGGCAAAACCUCGUAAACCGAAAGUAAUGGAAAUUAUAAUACUCGCUCGCGGCACUCGAGGAUUUUCCAUUUAAUCAUGCCUACCGAUGUUUCCUGUUUAAGUAGAUACUUAGAAUCGAACGACAGCGAGCGGAAAAUGUGCUUUGCUCUUUGAUGGACAUUCUCUAUUUGUUGGAAUUUAAGAACGUCGUUUUCUCAUGGCCAGCCCCAGCUCCCGUCGACGUCGCGAAUCGAUAACGAAAACCCUCUGUGGAAUUGCAUAGAGUCGAGAGAAACUCGCUAAAAUUUGCCGCUGAUAUUGCAAAGGUUUUCAGAUACCUUCGAGCGAGUAACAUUGAUUGCAAAUACGUCGCAUGGGAUGAGAGACAUCGCGGGUCGAGCAAAAUUGAUAGCUCGAAUUCGCGUGAUUCGAUGCUCGUCGGAACCGACGUCUCCUUUGACGCCGAUUUCUUUCCCAUUUUCCCUCUUUUACUUUGUACCAGGUACUCUGUACCGGUUAUACGAACCGCGUAUCUGCGGAGAAAAAGAAUGCGAAACAAAAAGAGCCUCCCCGAGGCGAUCGGCCAUCGCUGGCUCGACUUAAACGAAUUAGAACAACUAGAAACGCAUCGAGCGAACAAUGUUGUCGCGUAGGUUGAUUAAAUCGAAUACUUUCGUAAUAAAAGAUACUUUGUUAGGCGGCGAGCCAACGUGUUUAUACGUUUUGUAUUUUCUAUACAAAGGUGUUGAACGAUCGCGACGAUUAGUUGGAUAGAAAUUAGCAGGGUUUUAGUUUAGAAAUUGGCAUUUCUAGAUUACGUACGAAGUAUCGAUCGGUAGGAUUUAGUUGUUAUCGAAAACAAAGGAACCAAAACCGGUAGAUGCAGAUUCUUGAGAUAUAUAUAAGACUUGAAAAGACUCGCGGAACGAAUUUUCGUCCUUUUAUCCGAAUAUAUCAAAUCGAAUUCUUCAGACCAAUUUCCAUUUCUUCACUUAUCACUUUCAGUCGUAUCGAAAACGGUCCCGAUGAUUCCGUUCUUCUGGUCACUAUCAAUUCUACGUAUCUAUGUAUGUAUAUAUAUAUAUAUACGCGUAUAUUAUCCAGAGUUGCGUAUCUUUAACAACAAUUUCGUUGUUUCUUUAUGACAAUCACGUAGAAUCAUGUGGCUGCGUUAGUAGGCUGAUUUAACAUCGAUAGCUACCACUGAUUAUCUAUUUUCACUUCUAACAUCUUCAAUUGCUGUGAUUUUCAAACGAAAAAUUAACUAAAACAUAGCUAGUCGAUUUUAUAGUUAGCGUAAACGUGGGUAAACUAAGUUCGAUUAAAAAUAAAAAAAUCAAAUCGCGCGGACCAGUGGUAGCCAGUUGGUUUCUGGUUAUGAUUCGGUUGUUGUGCAAAUUAUCACUGAAACAAGGUAUCUGCAUCGAUCAAUUAAUCCAAAGAAUCAAACUUCACGGUUAUACGCACAGUCUGGACCAGCAUGUAAUUGCAAACUCGAACAGAAGAAUCGUCUAUUGAACGCGAUAUUGUCUCUAUAGUUUCUUCGGUAUAUGCUAGUUUCGACUUUCGUCCGUUGAUUAGUCAACUGCAUACGCGAAACGACCAACGUUCUACAGAGAGAACCUUCCAUUCGGACCAAACAAUUCGAAAGCGAAUGUUCGGCGAGUCGUCGUCUGUGCGCGAAACGCGCAGCAAUUUGACGACAGUGCGAGUAAAUCGAACGACUAUCGUUUAUCGUUGCGACGAUUCACGCGCAAAUCGGAGACUCGCGAAACGAACCGACGAACUGGCGUGAGAAAUAAAAACGUAACUUUCGUUCCCGCAGCUCGUCGAAUCGCUCGUAUUUUCUUUUAAUCGAAACGUUUCUCCUUGACGAGAUAUAUCGGUGUAUCGGGGCUGGCCAUGUCUCUUCUACAAAUAAAGCUAAACGUACUAAACUUACUAUACCCACUAAACGUAUCGAGAUUUCUAUUCGAUUUUACUCCCACGAAAAACUAUUAUACUUGUACACUUUUAUCUCUCAUUCUCUAAAGUACUAUACACGCUAUAGGUUAUAACUAAAACAAAAAAAAAAAAAAAGAAAUGUAUUCCUAUCUAUAUAUCUACGUAUAUACACGAGAUCCCUGCUCUUUGAUCUAUCGAUCAACGUUUGUCUUUAAAUCGACGUCUUUACUCACCGCUUGCACGACUCUCGUAGAGACACCAAAGAAACAUAAAACGAUGCGUUAUUAAUCAAACAUAAAAGUAUAUGUAGGACCAUUUGGACUCGCGUCGCGCGAUAGUAUCGUCCUCGAUGAACGAAUCGAGGAUGUCGCGCGUUAUCCAACGGCCCGGCGUCCUCGCGCUAAAAGAAAAGAAAGGCAAAGAACGAAAAAAAAAAAAAAAAAAUGAGAUUCGACGAGCGAAAAAACAACGGCGACCCGAUAGAGAGAGGACUCGCUUCUUCGUUCGCGAUGCCGAUAUAAAUAAGAAAAGAGUUAUAAGAGGGCGGUCGGGCCGUGUUCCUUAGAAACAUUUCGAGAACUAAAGUUGUACCGUAAGAUAUGAAAACUUUGUAAAGUAGAUAGCGGAAAAGAGUGGAGGUGGAGAACGAGGGGUGAUAUUCUCGGAGAGCGGCACUCGCGCUAAUGGAGGAAGAAAAGCGUGCGGAACGAAAUGGAGAGGUGGAUGCACAUUGAAUCUGAGUUUUCUACCGUAUAAGCGUAAUACAACACAAAAUACUGCUCGCCAGUAGACAUUAUAAACGAUGUAUAUAUGUAUUGUUGCGUUAUUGCCUAACAACUUAACGAUAGGUGCGUUAAUGCGAUCGGGAGAAUUAAACAAAUAAUAAAAACAAGUAAAACCUUCUUCUUCCUUGGCAUCAGGGACAUCUGUCCGAUGAUUAGGACGAGUGUAGAGAGUAUCGAUACCUUAUAAUUAGCCAUGUUGUAAAUAGAAGAUGAAGAUUGCUGAUUUUAUGAGAUUUACGAGUGUCAUCGAUGCGAGAUCGAAGGAGAUCGUUCGUUCGACAACCGUACGACUAUCGUCGCCGGUUGUUUCUUCGACUAUUUUAGUUCCUCUCUUUCGACCAUCGUCGAAAUAUAUUUACGAGCACCGGUUAGUAGAGUAUAGAGCACCUGUAAAGCAUAUGAUUUUUAGUUGGAGCGAACGGUUCGUCCGUUUGCUCGCAUCGGCGAUAUUCAAGUUCGUCGUUUCGUUGACCGUUUCCUCGCAGGUCGUUCAGAGGCCUCGAAUAAUUCUCGCUGUUCGAUCGAUUGCUAAUCGUAAGAUCCACGGUGGACGGCACACGUCCCGUUAGCGCGUAAGAAUUCCGACUAGAACUUAAGCCCAUAGCGAAGAUUUAAAAAGAAAAAAAAAAAUGUAAUAAAAUCGAGAAGUUGAAUGUAACGUAAAAGAGGAAAAGGAGAGAAAAAAUAUGAAAAAGAAGAAAAAAGAAGUUUACGGUUAAACAUAGCGAACACCGCAGAAACGAGGAAACAUUCUCCGUGCCCUGAGACAUUUCACACGGAUUCUCCGCUGUUCUUUCCACUCUAUCCAUCUUUGUCGCCCUUUUUAUCCCGUUUCUUUUUUCCAAUCCUCUCGUUCCUCUGAUCGAAGGCGAUCGAUCUGCCACGAUGUUGCUUCGAAUCGUUGUUGAAUCUAUACGAAUCUAUACGAUUGCUACUCCUGUUCCUUCUUGCCCUUUUAUUUAUUUCCCUUUCGUAUCUUUUCGCUAGCAUUUCCCUUCCCUCUUCCUAAUCCCAUCCGUUUCCUAAUCCCUUUCGUUCCUGUCGCUUUGUUCCAUCUGAUUCCAAGUAACUGUGCGUUCGCCGCGUUUCGAUACGUCACGCACGAACUUACGUUAUCCGCAACCUUUGCGCCAUACAACGAAAUGCGAUUACGUUUACGUUGCGCUCGUAAAAGCGUUCGCACGAUUGUAUAUCGCUUGAAUCGAGAAACUGUUUAACCAACCUAGAGCAGGCAGUCACGCCUGGCGGGAAGGUCGAGACUUAUCGCGUAAUCGUAUUGCCGCCGAUACCUCCCCAAGGAGGCUCGAGCAAUUAACCCACUCGUACAACGAGAUAACGCGAUGUACGGUAAUGAACAAAGCGUCGCGCUCGUCGUUACUACGCCCAACUUAUUUUGACCCUUUCGGCCAACAAAUUCGCAGAACAAGAUAUAGACGAAGGUCACGGAUGAAAAACACGAUAAACGUUUUACGGAAGAGCAAUCUCGAGAUUAAACACGUCGUUGGCCAAUUCCACGUCACAAUUGUCUUCGCCAUUAAACACCGGGAUUUUAUUGAAAAACUUUUAUCAAAUUGGCUUGUUUGAUCGAUGAGUCUCGUAUCAACGAAGGUAGAUUUGCUCGCGAAAUAUCGUCGAUUUGUAUUACAUUUCGUAUAGAGAUACUUGUUUUCGGUUAGCAAACGACGUAAAAGUCAGAGGAUGAAGGAAAGGCAACUCAUCGUCUGUCCGUCGUGUGGCCUUCGAAUCUAUUACGAACGAGUAUAUUGGAAUUUCCAAAGCAACCGACCUACAGUAAAGUCAUAUCAAUUUAAUUCUUCGUCCCGAUACGUUUACUUUGAGGAUCGCGACCCUCGUAACCGCCUCUCUAACGUCGAGCUCGUCUAUCCAAAUGGGACUAACUGGAGAUAAAAUCAUUGGCGAACAAAGACUCGAUAAAGAUGCAAAACGGUGUAUCUGUGCGCCGAAAAAAAUUCUAUAUCUGUAGGAGGAAAUCGACUUGAGAUAGGUCUGAAAGAUAACCAGCAGCCUGGAAGUACCCGGUGUCCCAUUAUGCGAAAGUAUCGAUCUUUCCGCUUCGUUCUUCUACUAUGAGAAGCGAUAAAGCUUUAUGUUCCGUCUUCUAUGUAUAAUUCCUAUUGUACAGGAGAGCAAGAAAGAGCCGGGGUCCGGUUCCUUCAUAAAUCGUUGUAAGACGUUAAGCCGUUUUAUGCUUACGCUCAUUAUUAUUGGCAUUAUUAUAUACUGUGGAUUCGUCGUUCGUCGCUUGCGGCCAUUCAAGUGCUCUACGCGCUUCGAUCGAACGAACGUGGUGAACUGUUCGAGGAUUCGUUUGUCUGCCCUCCCCCUCCUUGAACGACGCGCAAACGACGAAGGGACGAACAACGUGUUAAUUGUUGAUGUACGAUCUCGUUGAGAACCCCUGAGGAAAAACAAAACAGAUAAGAAAAAGAAAACUAAAAAGAAUCGAGCCAAAGAAGCUCGUUGCGAGAACGAGCAGUUAGAAUGUGAGCGAGAGGAAGAGUGCGAGAGAGGGAGAGAAAGGAAGAGAGAGAAAGAGAGAGAGAGAGAGAGAGAGAGAGAAAGCGACGGAAGCCGCUUGCCUUCGACGCAACGAAGAAAUAUUCCUCUGGAAAAAUCGAGGAGACUGAAGGAAAGGUUAAUCGUUAGGCGAAGAAUCCUAAGAAACUCGCGUGAAGUCACACAAACUGAAGAUACAAAGCCAAAGAGAUAUUUUAGAAAGAACUCGUUCUACGUGUACGCGAUGAAAGACUCUUUCUUCGUCGUAGUCGGUGGUCGAUCUCGUUGCUCGACCGCAAGCGGAUCACGCGUGCCGAAACAGCAUUACGCGAUCGACUAAGAAAUCAAUUAAUUGUAACUGAGUCGAAAGUGCAAAAUAUACAGACAUUAAAUGUUA